CUACUGGCCUAGUCAGAUGCAGACCCCGAAUUCAAACACAGCCUUCAACUGCCUGGGAGGACGCAGAGGAAUCGUUACGACAGUACAAGCCGAUUUACGUUGCUGCUGCCUGAUGUCAGAGUUGCUGCCGUAAACGAGUGCGGUUGAUGAGGAUGUGUGGAGCUGCUAAUCAGCCGACAAAAUACUGAUGGACAACACAAGACGACAUGAUACACAAUGAUGUCGAGAAUGAUGACAGUUGGGUUGGCAGUGAUGACAAUGAAGAGGAGGCACCGAUGAGAUGUAGUUUCUCAGUAGAAGACCUCCUGGACGAGGUGGAGAAGAUCUGUUAUGAUGCACCAGGGACAUCUAAGGUUGAAAUGGUGGUGCGCCUCUGGAAGGACGGCUUCACCGUCAACGACCAGGAGUUCCGCAGCUACUCCAUACCUGAAAACCAGCAGUUCCUGGACGCCAUCAAGAGAGGGGAGCUUCCGACGGAGUGGGAGAGCCGAGCCGAGGAGGAGGAGCUGGAGGUCAACGUGGAAGACCUGACAGAGGAAGCAUACGUUCCCAGGAAGAAGGUUUUCCACCCUUUCAGCGGGAGAGGAUACCGGCUUGGGAGCGUGGCCCCCAGAGUCGUGGCCAGGUCGCCAUCUGUGCACGAGGACGGAGAAUCUCCUCCUAUCCCCAUGGUAACGCUGGACCACACCCUCCCUGUGACCUCGUUACAGAUCUGGUUAGCCGAUGGGAGGAGAUUGGUGCAGAGGUUCAACCUGUCACAUCGGAUCGUGGAUGUUCAAGACUUUGUGUCGCGCUGCCAGAGGAGCUGCCCGCCUUUCAUCCUGACCACGUCUCUUCCCGUGCGGGAGCUUAGCGACAAAGACCUGAGCCUCCAGGAAGCGGAUUUGGCCAACGCCGUCAUCGUCCAGCGGCCCCUGGAGACACAGGCGCCCUUCGGACACUCCUGACCGUCACCAUCGUUCCUCUGAUUCCCUUGUGAACUUUCACCUUUCUUUCAUCCACCUGUCAUUGGUGCUGUGGGUCAUAAAGUGAACACCAUUGCCUUCAUCCAAUCAAAACCACUGAUGGCUUCAGUCGUCAUCAGAUAUUCACCACCAUUCAGUAUGUAAAACAGAGAUGCUUUCUUACUGAUAUCACAUAUACCGAUAUUGUCCAGCGCUUUACUGAUAUCGAUAACAGAUAGCAAUAUUAGCAGCCUGGAAUGAACACAUCAUGCUUGUUUACUGUGAUGCCACAGGAUGCAUUAAAUAAACACUAUGUUAACACUAAAUUAAUAAACACUAUAUGUGCAAAAUAAGACAAAGAAUACAAUAUGCAAUGUCAUUUAUAGUAAAAGUGACAUUUUUUUUCAUUUUAUCUCAACAGUCAUUACAGAAAUAAUAAACAAACCUAAUAUCUACACCAAAGAUGCAGUUUUGUGCUUCCAGGUGUGGUAUCGGUGUGUUCCCCAGGUGUGGUAUCAGUGUGCUUCCCAUAGGUGUGGUAUCAGUGUUUACCACAGAUGUGGUAUCAGUGUGCUUCCAGGCAUGGUGUCAGUGUGUUCCCCAGGUGUGGUAUCGGUAUGCUUUCAGGUGUGGUAUCGGUGUGCUUCCCAUAGGUGUGGUAUCGGUGUGCUUCCCAUAGGUGUGGUAUCAGUGUGCUUCCCAUAGGUGUGGUAUCAGUGUGUUCCCCAGGUUUGGUAUCAGUGUCCUUCUAGGUGUGGUAUCAGUGUGCUUCCAGGUGUGGUAUCCAUGUGCUUCCAGGCGUGGUAUGAGUGUGAUUCCAGGUGUGGUAUCAGUAUGCUUCCAGGUGUGGUAUCAGUGUGCUUCCAGGUGUGGUGUUAGUAUGCUUCCAGGCGUGGUAUCAGUGUGAUUCCAGGCAUGGUAUCAGUAUGCUUCCAGGCGUGGUGUCAGUAUGCUUCCAGGUGUGAUAUCAGUGUGCUUCCAGGUGUGGUAUCAGUCUGCUACCAGUUGUGAUAUCAGUGUGCUUCCAGGUGUGGUAUCAGUGUGCUUCCAGGUGUGGUAUCAGUGUUCUUCCAGGUGUGGUAUCAGUAUCCUUCCGGGCGUGGUAUCAUUGUGCUUCCAGGCGUGGUAUCAGUAUGCUUCCAGGCGUGGUAUCAGUGUGCUUCUAGGCGUGGUAUCAGUAUGCUUCCAUGCAUGGUAUCAGUAUGCUUCCAGGCGUGGUAUCACUGUGUUCCCCAGGUGUGGUAUCGGUGGUGCCAGACAUCAUUCCCAAGGAAGAAGUGGAUGAUCAUGAUGAUGAUCAUGAAGGUUGUGUGCUGUGGGU